UCAGGAAGAUGACAGAUGCAGGGAAAAGAUGCUGUUUUGCACUAUCUUGAUUUGUUACAGCAGCCAACUUAUUGGCAUGAUGGAGUGACAAGAAAAGCAGCUGGCAUGGAAGAUGAAAGGGAAGAUGUUCAAAAGAAAACAUUCACAAAGUGGGUAAAUGCACAGUUUGCUAAGUUUGGGAGGCACUAUAUUGAAGACCUAUUUAAUGAUUUUCGAGAUGGACGAAGACUUCUGGAGCUCCUUGAAGGUUUUACAGGCCAAAAACUUGCAAAAGAAAAGGGUUCCACAAGAGUUCAUGCUCUGAACAAUGUCAACAAAGCACUGCAGGUCUUGCAGAAAAAUAAUGUUGAUUUGGUGAAUAUUGGAAGCACAGACAUAGUGGAUGGAAAUCAUAAACUGACCCUUGGAUUGAUCUGGAAUAUAAUUCUCCAUUGGCAGGUCAAAGAUGUAAUGAAAAACAUCAUGGCUGGGUUGCAACAGACAAACAGUGAAAAGAUCUUACUGAGCUGGGUCCGCCAGUCAACUCGCAAUUACCCGCAGGUCAAUGUUAUCAAUUUCACCACUAGCUGGUCUGAUGGAUUGGCUUUCAACGCUCUCAUCCACAGUCACAGACCAGAUCUAUUUGAUUGGAACAGUGUGGCUUGCCAACAGUCAGCUGUACAACGGUUAGACCAUGCCUUCAACACUGCCAAACGGCACUUGGGUAUUGAGAAACUCCUUGAUCCUGAAGUAUUUGGACACUCCUGAAGACAGGUCAUUUGGCAGUUCACUGAUGGAGGUAGAAGUGGACCUGGACAGCUACCAAACAGCUUUAGAAGAAGUACUCACAUGGCUUCUCUCUACUGAAGAUG